AUGUCUCACCACGCCGCCACCCGCCGGUCAGGGACCCAUUCGCAGCGCAACGUCAGCCUCUCGCUGUCAAGACUGUCCUGCCUGGUCGCCCUCCUGCUCCCGUCGCUGGCCGUAGUAGCCAGCGCCCGCAACUUCACGCUGCGGGAGGAUCUGAGCGGCAACGACUUCUUCGAAGCCUUCAACUGGUGGAGCUACGACGACCCCACGCUCGGCGCCGUCGACUACGUGACGCAGGACCGUGCCAAGUCGGCCGGCCUCUCGUUUGUCAACGAGCGCGGCCACUUUGUCAUGAAGGCCGACAGCAACACCGUCAUCCGCCGCCUCGGCGAGGCCAGACAGAGCGUCCGCAUCCACAGCAAGCGAAAGAUGGGCGAUGGUAUCCUCGUCGCGCGCUUCCACUGGAUGCCCCAGGGCUGCGGGACAUGGCCGGCAUUCUGGACCUGUACGACCGAUCGGUGGCCUGCGGGCGGAGAGAUUGACAUCCUCGAGGGCGCAAACGACCAAGGGCCUCGCAACUUGGCCAGUCUUCACACUCUGCACGGUUGCCACAUCACGCCUGGCACGUCUGAGCUGCACACCGGAGUGACUGACAAGAGCGACUGCUCGUAUCAGCCGGGUUGCUCGGUGCGCUUCAGCGAGGACAACACGUUUGGCCCGGGUUUCAACCAAAACGGCGGAGGAUGGUACGCCAUGCGGAGGGAUACGCGAGCCGGUGGCGAGGGCAUCUCGGUGUGGUUCUGGCCAGCGACGACUCCCAUCUCGUCUCUGCCCGCAGCGGUGGCAGCAGGGGCCGACGGGUCAGCGCCCAAGUACGUCGUGACCAACGCCAACGCGACGGGUGCGGACCGGUCCGAGCUGGACAAAUGGGGUCAGCCCGCCGCCUUCUUCCCUAACAUUGCCAAUGCCACCGCCUCGCCCGCCGCGCUGACGGGAAGCUCAGACGAGGGCGUCUGCCAGAUGGAGAACUACUUUGAGGAGCACGAGAUCAUCAUCAACCUGACUUUCUGCGGCGACUGGGCUGGCGAGACGUUUGGUACAAGUGGCUGCGCGGCCGCCAACCGCAACGUGACCUGCGAGCAGUUUGUGCGAGAGAAUCCGCAAGCGUUCAGGGACGCACGGUGGGAGAUCGAGUACCUGCGCACCUACACCGACGCCGCCCUGACCGUUUCGGGUCCGAUGGCGUCCGUAGCCGUCGUCGCGCUCGCCGCCAUUGCCUUGGUUCUCCUCUAG